AUGCCACCAGACUCCAGACUCUGUGCAAAAAGAGGAUUCAAAGAUCAGGUUGCCAUGGCAGCACCGCGUCCUUGCUCAAAGACACCAAGCAUGUCCAGUCUCCAGGCCACUCAGAGUAGCUCUAUGGAGAGUCUGGAGAGUUCAAUGAGUACAAGUGAAGUCACAACAGGAGAAGCAGAGAGUGCAAGACUGGCUACGGUGCUGCAGGAGAAUGCGGUGCUCAAAUCAGAACUCGAGAUUCUAAAACUAAAGUGUCGAAAUCUUCACGAAGAGAACAGACGUCUUCGCAAGCCAGCGUCAAUAUUAAGAGAGAAGGCGCAGUUGGAGCAGACUCUGGAACAGGAGCAGGAACAGCAGAUCUCCAAACUGACAAAGAAGAUUGGACGACUGGAGAAAGAUGUUCUCGGGAAACAGUCUACUCUGGAGAAGCUGCGUCGCGAGAAGAUAGAUCUGGAGAAUACUCUGGAACAGGAGCAAGAGAUGCUUGUCAAUAAACUCUGGAAGAGAAUAGAGAAAGUCGAACAGGAAAAGAGGGAGCUGGAGGCGAAGCUUGGAGCCACACCCCCUCCCUCCCCGUCAGACCGGAACAGCCCCGCCCUCCUCACCUCCCGUAUUGCGCAACUCUCUGCGGAGGUGGACAAGUUGAGGAGAAUGCUUCAACAUACUGAGACUCAGAAUCGUGAGAAGGUCCAGCAGAUAACAGAUGAGGAGAGGAUGUGCGGGAGGAGAACCUGCGUCUCCAACGGCGACUGCUGCGGGAGACGGAGCGACGAGAGCAGCUGAGUCGGCAGUUGAGUGAGAGCGAGUCAUCGCUGGAGAUGGACGAGGAGAGGCAGUUCAACGAGAGAGCUCGUUUCGCUGGGAGUCCAGUCUCUUACUCCCCCUCACCCACCCGCAGGUCACUGUCUCCAUCGCCGGCCCUCCUGACACCGUCCGCAGGGUUCACGCCACCCUCUCCCACUCAGAGGUCGAACCUCCUCUUGCUCCACCUCCUCCAAGACAGGCCACGCCCCCUGCCCCGCCUCCCAGCACUCCGGCAGCUCCACAGAGCACAGCCCUGCGCAGACUGUACGGCUCUAUCAUAGCUAUAUACACAUAGCUGUUGGUACCAAACGUAGUGGCUUGAGCACCAUGAAAAUAGAUAUCCCUCUCUAAGGACACCCCUGAAAUGAAAAAUAAGGACACCUUUUCUUUGUCCAAAAACAGUUCUUGCAUGGAAUUUAACCCCUGGAAUAAGGACACCUCGCUGCUUUCAUUGGUGUCUGGAUUAGAGGAUUUUCUCACUCCAAUAUUUCCCCUCCCUCCCACACUCAGAGACGUCACACUCUCAGUGGAGGACUGGUGAAGCAGCGAGAAAAGACGUCGGCACGGUAGCUGCUGGCCAUGCCCCCGUUUGGUUUCCAUGGCAAUAGACUGGCCCAAACAAGCAUUAUCACGCCACUGGUCUCACUACAUUAAAUUGUUGUUGUCUCUGUUGCUAUAAAUGUCUAAAUGUGUGUGUUG